GCAGUUCCGCGUUCCUGCAGAGCUGCUAUGGAGUCAGUGGUUCCCAGCGUCUUCCUACUUAUGGUCAACGGGCAGGUGGAGAGCGCCCAGUUUCCAGAAUAUGAUGACCUCUACUGCAAGUACUGCUUCGUGUAUGGGCAGGACUGGGCUCCCACGGCGGUAAGCUGGACUCUUGGGCCUCCCUUGAUUGGUUUGGAGGAGGGCAUCUCACAGAUCACAUCCAAGAGUCAAGAUACGCGGCAACUGCUAACAUGGAACUUUCCCAUCGAUGUUACCUUUAAAAGCACCAACCCCUCUGGCUGGCCACAGAUCGUGCUCAGUGUGUAUGGACCGGAUUUAUUUGGGAAUGAUGUGGUCCGAGGCUAUGGGGUGGUGCACAUACCCUUCUCACCUGGCCGACACAAAAGGACCAUCCCCAUGUUUGUCCCUGAAUCUACAUCUAAGGUGCAAAAGUUUACAAGCUGGUUCAUGGGACGGCGGCCAGAGUACACAGACCCCAAGGUGGUGGCUCAGGGUGAAGGCCGAGAAGUGACUCGAGUCCGCUCCCAAGGCUUCAUCACCCUCCUCUUCAACGUGGUCACCAAGGACAUGAAGAAGCUGGGCUAUGACACCGGGCCUGUGGACUCACAGGGUAUCUUGACACCCAACCAGCCCCAGAACAUCCUCUAGCGAAGGCCUUAGCUGUUGCCCCCCAUCAGGCAUUGAAGACCCACUGGUUCUCCUCAUUGCUGCCCAUUUAAUGGAUUAGAAGCAUAGCCUUUGGAAAAGUGUUUUUAUAUAAUAAAGUGUCACAUUUCUAGA